AUGAGAGACCUCACCGCGUCUUCAGAAGGGUAUCGUUCAAGAUUAGCAUGGGGGGAACACUCCGGCCUAGAUCUCUACAGACUACGCCAAUCCCUUGAAGGUUACGAGGAGAUUGGGCCAGAAGGGCCGAAAAGAACCCCUAUCCAUAGCCACUUCGAGGCGGGUAGUAUCAUGUCCUCUACAGGGCAUGCCCCAAUCGCGCCUUUCUUCCAAGGAAGUUUCUUUGAUGUUCUUGGCGAGAGAAUCGGGGCAACAACAUGCCCCACAAAAUCGCAGAUCCGGACCAUUGCCCGCUUCUCGUUUCUUACGCCGCAGAAGCAAUUACGUCACUGGUCAACCCACCAUCACAUGUGUUCGGAUGAGGAAGGCGGCGAGGGCGGUCACAACUCUCUUGCCAGCAGUCCAGCGCCACUGAUCCCAAAGGUUACUUUUCGAAAUAUCCCAAGUUGGAGGUACCUUUUGGCGCUUAUGCACUUAUCGGAGAACGAUCCACCGAUAAGCAACUAUCCGUUAUCAGAACUCAAAUUCCAGACUCACCUAGCCCAGGAUCGUGAAUCCAAGUUCGAGCCAUCCACAAUCAACAAUGAGACCCGCGAAAACGGAACUCUUCGCAACACCAAAACACUCGCAAAAUACUCAAUGUCGGGCACAAUAACUGGCAAAGUAGCAGCCGGCGCCACGGCCGCCGUCACAUCGGCAGUCGAGAAUGUCGCAAGAACCGCAACCUCCCUCACAGCCGGCGGCGGCUUCGCACCGCGCGAAGUUUACGAAUCCUCGACGCAAAUCACCCGCUCCUACUACCUCGGCCACCACGCCUCCGCCCUCAACAAAAUGCGCCAGACCAUCUCGAACGUCGGCUUGAUCAUCGAAUGCCGCGACUUCCGCGUACCUAUCUGCUCGUGGAACCCGCUCCUCGAGCGCAGUCUCGCCGCCUCCGCUGCCGGCGAGCGCUCCCGCAUCAUCGUCUACACGAAGCACGACCUCGGCCCACCCUCGGGCAACUUCUCCAAAGAGACCUCCAUCGAGGGCUACACCAACGGCCGCUACCAAAACGGCAAGGACAUGGUCAAGACCCUCAAAAAGUACCACAAGAACUCCUACACCACCAAAGACGUCAUGUUCCUCGGCACCUCCGCCGGCGCCCGCAGUCGCAACGACGCACCCAACAACGACAAACACCUACUCGAGUCCAUCAAGCGCAUCGCCCGCGAAGCCGACUCUCUGACGGGUAUGCGCGCCAUGGUGGUCGGCAUGCCCAACAGCGGCAAAUCCACCCUGCUCAACCGGCUGCGCGCCAAGGGCAUGGGUCUGCCCAAAGCCGCGCAAACCGGCGCCACACCGGGCGUCACCCGUAAGAUCGGCACCCCCGUGCGCAUCAUAGCUGGCGAGUCCGCCGACGACCCGAGCAGCGCCGGCUUAGGCGAGGGAGUCUUCAUCAUGGACACGCCGGGCGUGUUCAUCCCGUACGUCUCGGACCCGGAGGACAUGCUCCGUCUGGCGCUGGUGGGGUGCGUGAAAGACGGCGUGAUUCCGUCCGUCACGGUGGCCGAUUACCUGCUUUACCAUUUGAAUCUUGUCGACCCGAAGCUGUACACGCGCAAGUUCGACUUGGGCAAGCCGACCAACGACGUGCACGAGUUCCUGCGGGCGGUGGCGACACGCACGGGUAAAUUGAGAAAGGGGUCGGAGCUGAACCUGGAGAACGCAGCCGACUGGGUGGUGCAGGCGUGGCGGCGCGGAGACCUGGGCCGGUUCGCGCUGGAGAGGGUCACGGAGGAGACGCUCGCGCAGGCGGUCGAGAAGGCGAGGGAGCCGACGGUGAGUAUCAGCCAGGCGAGGAAGAGGGAGAAGGAGCAGAGAAAGGUCGCGCAGCAGAUGAAGUGGGCAGGCAUAACGGCGCCGCCGGGUGGAAGUGUGGCGUAGGCACCGGUUUAGCACUCAUAAUAUGAUGUGGAUUUCGGUUGCAGUCGAAAGUAUGCCUCAGCGAGGAAUGGAAGUUCAAGGAAAAUUAGAUUUCGCUCUGGACCAUAAAAGGAAAAGAAAGAAGACAAAAGCAUUUGAUACCCGCGCUCGUCAGAAUUACGAGGGCUUAGACAAUACACCAAUCUUGGAUAAUAACUCCAUCGCCAACAUUUUCUCCUGGUGCGGUGGACUCUUAUUCAGUCUUGAGUAAAAUACAGCAUGCCUGCGAGAAGAUAAAAGGCUUCGAGGGGCAACAUGAUGCUAUUUCAUGUUGUCACGUACCCUUUACAUCAACACAAAAGCGAGAGAAUCAUGUCAUCUUGUUAUUUCUUCCUCACCGAAAUUUGAAAAAGAAAAGAAAAUCGGUUAAAAUGGCGAAAAAGAGAAAUUAAUU